UUGAGUAUCUUAAGAAGAAAUUAAAACAAUCCCAAAAAGAUAACACCUUGAUUCAACCACCUUUUUGGAUUAAAAUAAAGUUGAAAACUAAUUUCUAUACAUCAAGUCUUCCAACGAAAUAUGCAACUGACUUUAGUUUCAGACUUAAUCCGUGACUCCGGCGUGUAAUUAACUCUUAUCAAGCAAUGUACAUUCCAGCAGUUUCAUUUCCAGUACGUAAUACUAUCAUGCUAAAAUGUAUAAAUGGAGUUUCGAACUCCUUGAACAUCGGUUUUACUUUGUGGAUUUUUUAUUACUUCGGUGUCAAUGAUUACAUUCUAGCAAAACCGUUCAACCCAUCGAAUUACGUAUAUGAAGAUUUAAAAGCAGUAUACGGUAUCGUGGAGCCAUUCGAUUUGCCCGGAGGGGGGGAUAAAGUUAUUGACUUUGACGCAAUUGCCUGUACGACAUGUCCAAGAUUUUUUUAUCCAGUCUGUGGAAAAGAUGAAAUUACUUACGUGAAUCCUUGCAUCCUUAGAUGCAUAAACAAGACAACAGCGGACCGAAACGGACAAUGCAUCUAUUAUAGGAGAAAAAACUCUCGUUAUCCAGAACCUGAAGUUCGACUCAGGCUGCCCACCAAGUGGAGACUUGAGAACGUAACGAGUUCGUCUUUAAGAGAAAACAAUUAUUUCGACGAAGUGAUCUUGCGGGAUAGUCCUUACAAAUCUAAUGGUCCGAAUCCUAUGGGAUGAAGAUUUCUUACUUAAAUACUUAAUUAAUAAACAUUUGAACUUCAAUUUUGAUUUUGGAAUUAUUUUCAUUUUUUUUCAUCCAAAAAAAUACCUACUGCUUGUUUUUUGUUUCCUCGUGGAUGUCACACUUGGUCAAUAAAAAUAAAAUAGAAAUUAAAUAUAUUACAUAGUGGGUUCAAGUGGUAAAAGCAUCAGAUACAAAAUUCACUCAAAAACGGCUACCACGGAUCACGUUUCGUAAUACAUAGAAGC